AUGUUAAACCCUGAUAAAAAUGGUUAUGUGCAUACUACUUGGCCAAGCAAAAAUAUCCCACACGGAGGAAUAUUUCAUACUCGCGUGACGGAACCAACGGACAGUCAGCAACAGUUGCUAAGGGUUUUAUUAGAAGAAUCAAAGCUUACUAUCGCUCAGCGACAAAAAUCAUCUCUAAGGCUCCGUGAUGAUAAGGAAAGAAGAGAAAAUUCUGAAGUACUUAUCCAAAUGCCUGUGGUUCGUCCCAGAACAUCCCGUCGAAGAUCACUGUCCACCAUCAGAGAAUCUGGAGUCUUUAACGUAGAUGGAUAUCGACCAUUGAAACGUGGCGAAGACAGGGAACAAUUGAAAGAGAGGCUGGCUAACACAAUGGCUUUCGGAAAUGACCAACAACAGCCGCCUCCUGUUUUCAUAGACAAGAAAAAACAACAACCCAAAUUGCCUACUGCUAACCAAAAGUGGAAUGAAUUGGUCACUCAAAUUCGAGAACGCACCGAAUGGCUUGCUGAAAUGGAAUAUUUGGGACAAGCGGGCCCGCAUCGAGACAUUAUAAAAGAUCAGAUUGCAGAAAGAAUGCGUGCUUUAGACGCUUUGGGAAUCGAUAGCGAGUGCUCAACGCCGAAGUCGACUGCUUCAGGAUUUAGCACAAAACCAUCUCAACCACUAGACUUGAAAAGUCAUCGGAGUACUUCGACAGUGGUCUCAAAAAAUUCUAUGAAUAGCAAGAAAAAGCAAAUUGUUGCCCGGAAUUCUAGAUCGCGCAGCAUUGAAGAAAAUGUGACAGCGUAUUCUCAACUUUCGCCACUGCAAUACUCUCCUAGACGUCGCCAGUAA